CUAUUCUUCUACGGCCACAAUGGGCUGCUGCAGGUGCUGACCAGGACCCGACCAUUCCGGUACCACGGCUGUCCGCAGCAUACCAUAAUCGACCAGCAGCAAUGUCGGCACAAGAUUUCGACGUCAUUGCGGCUGUUGUGACCGACACUCAGUUUAAUCCUACCGAGGGCAUUCAGAUAGUAAAUACAUCCUAUGGUUUCGCGUUGAGCGCGUCCAACCUGGUUCGCACGUUGUCGCCCAAUAAUCCCAAUGGCUAUGGCAGCAUUCAGGGCUUGCUCUAUGUUCCAGACCUCUCUUCUUCGAGUUCCUGUAAUAACUCCACCAAGUCCCUCAUACCUUCAAAUGUCACCACGCUGGCCGACAUCCCCCAGAGCGGCUAUCCACUAAUCGGCCUGGCACCAUGGACACAAAUAUCCUGCGUGGAAGCUUACUUGUCUGCCAUGGAAUCUGACGGCGUCCGAGGAGGCAUUUUCUUUCAUCCUGGUAACGACAGUGACCAGCCUCCACCCGUCAGUGAUCCAUCCUGGAGCCUCGAGGAUGGCGGUCAGUGGAAGUCUGACAACCCAUAUCCUGUAUAUGCCAUUCCUGGAAUGUUGGGCGCUUUCCUCCUUGAGGAAUUGGCGCAAUACUCAGGAAACUUGUCUCAAGUGCCCUAUGGCCCAGAAUUGGCCAAGAUCUACAGCUCAUCAGACCUGAUCAGGCUGGUCGGAAGAUUGGAUGUGGACACUACCAGCGGGAUACCCUCUUUAUGGGUAUUUUUGAUUAUCGUUCUGGCAAUCCUUCUGGCCGUGGUUUUCAUCACGUCCAUCAUCAUGCAUAUAAUACAGCGAAAGCAGAGACGACAUCUUCAGCGAAGAGUCGCCAACGGCGAGGUCGACCUAGAAGCUUUGGGGAUUAAGCGACUCAACGUACCGCAAGAUGUCCUAGAUAUAAUGCCCCAGUACACAUAUUCUAGUACCGAGAUCAACGAGAAGGGCGCGAUCGAUCAAGAGAAAUCCAUUCAACCUAGCGAGAAGGAACCAGCUGUAUUGGGCAACCCGCUACGAAAGGCGAUCUUCAACCAGCCGACAUGUCCCAUCUGUCUCGACGAUUUUGUGCACGGUGACACCAUCGUGCGCGAACUCCCAUGCAAACACAUCUACCACCCGGAAUGCAUUGACCCUUUUCUCCGACAAAACAGUUCAUUAUGUCCGAUGUGCAAGAAAUCCGUGCUCCCUGCUGGAUACUGCCCUGUGCAGGUUACGAACCUCAUGGUUAGAAGAGAGAGAUUGCUCCGCAGAACCGGACGGCGAACUACGCCGGAAAAUGGAAGACUUGCUGCGCCAGUGGCUGCAUUGAACCGGAGGGUCCGACGUCUUACGGUUGAUCACCACGGCCAGCAACUUGAGGCGCCAAUCGUGGAUGUAACGGCAGCCGAAUUGCGUGCCCUCCCACAAAGAUCACACGUACACAAUGAGGAUGAAGUGCCGACAGAUGUCCGCGUGCAAGGCACCACCGCCAGGCGAGCUUGGCGAAGAGAACAACUUGCGAGGCAGCAGGCGCGCGACUACAGCCACCAAGCCGAAGAGGCGCGCGUGACUGACAUUUCGAGGCCAUUGUGGCGCCGAAUUGUCGGUCGUGUCAUCCCAAGGUUGGACUGACAAAGGAUAUCAUGAUAUGUGGUCUGAGCUGGGUUUUGCAUAGCGUGGCGUCUGCUGAGGAGUAUGACUGAAUGUCAAAAGUGACCUUGUGAAGACAGCG